AUGGUGAACUCAAGAUCAACCAUUGGAGUCCUGGCUAUACUUUUGUCGACAGCAUUCUUGUCCACUGCUUGUUCGGCUAGUAACGGAAGUAUUGACUAUGUGAUCGUGGGUGGAGGGCCCGCUGGCUUGGUACUAGCCGAAAGACUCUCCCGUGACGGAUUGAAACAGGUGUUAUUACUAGAAGCUGGAAAGAAGACGUAUGACUCGACGUUAAUCAACACACCGGCAUACUUCCCUUUCAUCACAGAGCCAUUAUGGAACUAUACGGUACAGCCAGAUAGCAACCUGGCUGGCAAUACGCCAGGGGUUCCUCAGGGCCACAUGCUGGGAGGAGGAACUGCUGUCAACGGCAUGGCUUACUGCCGUGGUGCCGCCUCUGUAUUUGACGAAUGGGCCGAGAUAUCAGGAAACCCCGGGCUUGCGUGGGACUCUCUGCUCGACGACUUCCGCGAUACUACCCACUAUGUAGACCCGCCAGCUGCCGGCUACAGUCAAUUCGUCAACAUGACAGCCUAUGGAGACGGGCCGCUGGAGCUCAGUCGUUCGAGCGGCCUGACGGGUUUCGAGGAGCCGUUUGCCAACUCCAUCCAACGCACACUCGGUCUGCGCCAGGUCGACAUGAAUGACGGGACAGGAAUCGGUGUUGACAUGGGCGUCUCAUCCAUAUUUGCGGGGAACCGCACGAGAUCAUCUGCCAGUACAGCCUAUGCACCUCUGAUGGAAGGUCGGCCGAACGUACAAAUCUUCUACGAUGCUUGGGUGUCCAGGAUCGGCUUUUCAGGAAACAGGGCCGUCAACGUUACCUAUUACUCGGACGAAAAGUCGUUUACGGUCAGAGGCAAGGAAAUAAUACUCAGUGCUGGUGCUUUGAACACACCUAAAUUGCUACUUCUUUCCGGUGUCGGCCCAAAGGACGAAUUGCAGGCUUUGGGGAUUCCGAUUGUGGCUGAUGUUCCGUCGAUUGGAGGAAACCUGCGCGACCACGCCUUGUCGAUUGUCCAACUGUUGGUGACGCCCGAGGUUCUGACCGUCUGGCAAUGGUCUGAAAACGAGACCCAGGCGGCCACAGCCAGGGAUCAAUACACGGAAAGUGCCACCGGGCCCCUCGGCUGGGCUGAUGGCUUCACAUAUGCCGCACUGAGACUCCCAGAUUCUGUGUUUGAAGGCCUCAAUGACACACACUAUACAUCUCUGCCUCGGGACAGACCACAUGUCUUGUUCCAGGCUACUGGUAUUCCAUUCAUGCCAAGCGUCAACUCGAGCGCGGUCACCGCCUGGGCCAGCCUAGUCCAGCCGCAGGCUUCGGGGCGUGUCAUGCUACAGUCCGCAGACUACCGAGACGAUCCCCUGAUUUAUGCCAACUACUACGGCACACGGGCGGAUAAGGCGGCAAUUAUCGCAGGAUAUCAACAACUGAGAGAGGUGCUGAGGGGGGAACCAGUGUCGAGCCUGAUUACCCAGGAAUACUUUCCUGGUCCUGGAGUAAUUGAAGACGACGAUGUGUGGGCUGCCAUUCAACAACAGACAUACUCGUUCCGCCACCCUGUAGGCACGGUGGCCCUCGGAACGGCGCUCGACAGCAACUGGCGAAUCAAGGGCCUCGAUGGAAUCCGAGUGGUUGACUCAAGUACUUUCCCGUUUUGCACCACCUGCCAUCCUCAAUCUGUGCUAUAUGCGCUGGCGAACAGGGCUGGCAAGGAUAUCAUAGAAGCGGACAACAGUUCCGGUGUGUCUAUCACAUCCCCCUUCCAAAAUCCUUUCGAAGCGGCUAUCUAG